CUAACGGGCAUAACGCGAGUCACAGCCAUUUUCUCAACAAACAAAACAGCGCGGUUCGAUUUCAAUCGCGGUUUGUUUUGUUCAUUGAUUCGGUUCAUCUUGUAACGGGACAGCUCUUCAGAAAAAUGGUACCCGAAACGACCAAAGUGAACAGCACCUUCAUCUCGGAGAAAGUGUCCCGCAUCCGUUGGAUUCCGGAGCAGUACGACGAAUCCAAUUCGUUCAUCACCGGCAGUUGGGACCUGGACGUGAACAAUCUGAAAGUGUGGAAACUGUUCCGGAAUGAUUAUGCCGACGACGACGAAAACGAGUUUGUGCCGAAAUGCACGGCGGAGGUGUGCUUCACCGGUGACAUUAGCGGGCUAGAGUUUGUGGACGAACGCACCGUGGUUCUAUCCAGCACCGAAGGCUUCGUCAGUGUGAUCGGUGUGGAUCGGGACAGGGACGAAGACAAUCUGCAGGAACGUCACCGGUUCGAUAGUUUGCACAAAUUUGACACAUUUAGUAGCUUGAAUGCGGCGCCUUGCACCGGGUUGUCGGUGCACGACACCGACGUUGCUACAGUCGGAGAAGACGGUCGGCUAAACAUAGUGUCCACCGUUGGCCUGAAGGUGAUCAGGAGCAUUGCCGGUGCGGACAGUUGCACCAUCAGUUGUGUGGCGUUCCUUAAUCCGAAGGAGGUGCUCACUGGGAACCGGUUGGGAAUAAUCAAGUGCUUCGACAUCAGAGCGGAAAGCCAGAAAGCGGUAGGAAGCUUUGCGGUGUCCUGUGAGGAUGAGAAACGUUCCAACUGUGUGACGUGCAUUGCUUACCAUCCGACGCAGAAGCAUAUCAUUUUGGCCGGCAGCGAGGAGGGAUCGAUUACGGUAUGGGACCUUCGGCAGCCGCAGUUUCCGGCCUCGUAUUUGAAAGCGCACGACCACUCCAUCACUGAGUUGGCCUUCCACCGAACGCAACCAUCGCGGCUGUUCUCCGCCUCCGAGGGCGGUGAACUGUGGCAAUGGAAUCAGAACACCCAACCGACGGCGGCUACGGCCUCCGGUGGAUUAUUGGGUGGAACGGGCACCGCGGUAAACGAUUCAGCCGAUACCAACAAUCCGUGGCUAAAUGGAGAAAGAGCCAAGAGUAAGAUCAACGUGACAUCGCUGCUGAGUGGCAUUCGGAAGGCGGUCAACUCGUUCGAUUCAUGCCGGUCCAAGGUGAUUUGCGGAGGAGACAAUGAGGCGAUUUAUUUGUUGGAAAAUGUUAAUUAGUCUAGUUAUUUAAAUCGAAACAUUUCAUGAAUCUUUGAACGGAUUUAAAA